UUACUGUUGCGACACACAGCUGAAAUUUCACGGUUUAUAGAAUUUCGUGUUUUACUCAUCGCAGCAUAAAAUAUCAACCAACGCAACAAUACACAUGUAUAUCCUGUUUACACUUUUAGCAAGCGUGGCGAUUUUGCCUCUGCUUCUGUGGUCAUGUUUUCCCUACUUUGUGCAAGAUGUGUUGUACAUUGUAAAAUGUAUUGGAUGUGGAAUUCGGAUUCGGAGGUAUGCAAAGAAAAAGCCAUGCUACUUGACUUUAGAAAAGUUUUUGGAAGUGGUGCAGAAGCAGCCGAACAAACCUUUGAUUGUGUUCGAGAAUAAAACCUAUUCUUACCUGGACGCGGAUAAACAAAGCAAUAAAUUUGCCAGAGCUUUACAGAAGCACGCUGGCUUGAAAGAAGGAGACACUGUGGCCCUGUUUUUAGGGAAUGAACCCGCUUUCAUUUGGACGUGGCUAGGUCUGGCUAAAUUAGGAUGUGCUGCUGCAUUGCUGAAUUACAACAUCAGAUCAAAAUCGUUGCUGCAUUGCUUCUCCUGCUGCGGGGCUCGUGUGCUAAUCGCUGCUCCAGAGCUGAAAGGUGCUGUUGAAGAUGUGCUUCCUUCACUCCAAGAGGAGAAAGUGUCUGUUUUUAUCCUGAGUGAAGAGUCCACCACACCGGGGAUCGAAAGCCUUAAUGACAAGAUUCAUCAGGCUUCUGACCAGCCACUACCAGUGUCUCUGAGGUCCAAUGUUACCAUGAAAAGUAUUGCAGUAUAUAUCUACACCUCUGGCACCACAGGACUCCCAAAGGCUGCAGUGGUCACUCAAGAGCGGCUAUGGGCAGGAGCUUCAUUCCUCAGAAUGAAUGAUGUUCUCUCUCAGGAUGUGGUCUACGUUAAUCUGCCCCUCUACCACAGUGCUGGCUUCAUGAUUGGAUUUAUGGGUUCAAUAGAUUUGGGUACAACCAUUGUUUUAAGGCGCAAGUUUUCAGCCUCUCAGUUUUGGGAUGACUGUCGGAAGCACAAUGUAACGGUUAUACAGUACAUCGGAGAGGUGCUGCGCUAUCUCUGCAACGUUCCAAAGCAAGACGGUGAUCGGGAUCACAAAGUUCGGAUAGCUAUAGGCAAUGGUGUCAGAGUAGAGGUUUGGAAAGAGUUUUUGAAUCGCUUUGGAAAUAUCCAAAUCUGUGAAUUUUAUGCCUCAACUGAGGGGAACAUUGGCUUUCUCAACUACAUAGGAAAAAUUGGCGCUGUCGGGCAUGUUAAUUACUUCCACAAGAAACUCUUCCCCUUUGCACUGAUUCAAUAUGACACCGAGAAAGAAGAGCCUGUUCGGGACUCCAGAGGUCUUUGUGUCCCGACUUCCAAAGGUGAGACAGGCCUUCUGGUAUCAAAGAUCACCAAAAUAGCUCCUUUCGUUGGAUAUGCAAGAAACCAGCAGCAAACUGAUAAGAAGAAGCUGAGAGACGUCUUCAAAAAAGGAGACCUCUACUUCAACAGCGGAGACCUCCUGAUGCUGGACCAGGACAACUUCCUGUACUUUCAAGACAGGAUUGGAGACACAUUCAGGUGGAAAGGGGAGAACGUGGCCACCACAGAAGUUGCUGAUGUUCUAAACUUGAUGGAUUGCAUUGAAGAGGCUAGUGUGUAUGGUGUUAAAGUACCAGAUCACGAAGGGCGAAUAGGAAUGGCUGCUGUGAAGCUAGAGGAGGCUAAACAACUUGAGUGUGACAAGAUCUACAGCCACGUUGUCAGCUAUCUGCCCAGUUAUGCAAGACCGCGUUUUCUUCGAAUUCAGAAUUCCUUGGAGGUCACUGGAACAUUCAAACAGAUGAAAGUCAAAUUAGCAGAAGAGGGUUUCAAUCCAGCUGUAGUCUGGGAUCCACUCUACUUUCUGGAUGAAAAUGAAAAGACAUAUGUACCGAUGACCCAGGAAAUGUACAGUUCCAUUAUUUCAAAGCACAUCAAGCUAUAAAAAUGACCACUUCCAAAAAUAUGUAGCUCAUUUCAUCAAUUUAAAUGUGAGCGUCUAGGUAAAAUCUAUUAAAAAAAAAAAAAUAAUAAUUAAAAAAUACAACAACAAAAGGAAAUUCACCUCGGGGAGAUUUACAUUUUCUUAGCAAUAAAGAGCUGACAGAACUCAUCAGAAAUCUUGGAAGCGGGUUGACGUUGGUUUGGUUGCAGUAUUAUUUUAACUGUACACAGGAUUUCCCACUCCCCCAUAUUCAACAUGUCUAAAUGCUUCACAAGAAGCUUCAAUAUCAGUGUUCUGCAUCUGAUUUCAUUUUAAACGGGCAAUAUUAAAAAAAAACGGCCAUCGCAAUUUCCUACCUGCACCACAGCAAUAGAAAUAUGAAAUACAGAUUUUAACCCUUUGCAGUCCUUUAACUUUCCAGUCCAAAAAGACGUAAAGCACAGGUUUCUAGUUGUUUUUUCU